UUUCCAAUCAAUUAAAACCCUAAAAACAGAGCACGAGAGUCGGGAAGAAUUGGAAGGGUUUUUGGGUUGCAGAAGAAGCUACAUAGAGCGCAAUAUUCCAACUCUGAGAAUCGUGUGAUUAGGGUUUUUAUGAAAGCUCUAAAUGGAAGGAUUGAAAGUAUCAGAUGCUAAUUUAGUAGUGUAUGUACAUCCAUCGAAGGGUAACAGGGUUUCUCAAGCCAUACGUCGCGAGCUUAGUUCUCUGCUCUUCAAAUUUAGUGAAAUUUUUGACGGUGUUGUGCUUGCAUAUGAUGUCAACAUUCUGGAUGAAAGUGCAAAAAUCCUUUCUGGGAUUCAUCCAUAUUUUGGUGUGAGGCUAAAAGCAAAGCUCUUACUUUUUUCUCCAAAACCUAAUAUGCUCUUAGAAGGGAAAGUGGUGAAGCUUACGCAAGAGUCCAUUCAUGUUAUUGUUCUAGGAUUUUCAUCUGCUAUUAUAACAGAUCAAGACAUACGGGAUGACUUCUACUAUAAAAUUAAACAUGGUGAAGAAGUUUUUGCUAGCAGAUCCCACAAGCAACAUGUGAUAACGGUUGGAACCAUGAUACGGUUUUUGGCCAAGAGUUUUGAUGAGGAAAUUCUUCACAUCUUUGGAUCAUUAAGUCCAGAUCAUACAGGAAGCAUCCGUUGGUUGGAUAAGAAAUCAGAAGAUGUUUCAGUUGAUAGGAGUAAUAGGAAGAGGAGAGAGGGUUUGGGGAAAACAGAUUUGCUGGACAAUGGAACCAUUGGUGAGGGAGCAUCUUCAUUGAGCAAUGACCAUCGGAUGAAGAAGUCAAAGAAGCAUAGAUCUGAUGAAGAUCAUUAGUCUGCUAUUGAAUUUUCAUUUGUUGAAGUUCAGUGUAUUUUAUGCUUCCACAGUUCUGGCAUAGGUUGGUUGCAUGCUGGGAGAUUGGAAGCUGAUUCCCAGUUUGACAAGAUUGAAAGGCAAAAAUUUGUUCUUGGAAACAAAAUGGUUCUGUUUCCUUUCAAAUCAUUUGACAGCCUUUUUGGAGCUAUUCUUGAAUUUUGAUGUAGAUUUAGAGUUUCUUAUGCUUUGUACAUUUCAUGAAAUCGAUUGUAUAACAUUUUGAUAUAAUACCAUUGUUGUAUUGGUUACAUAUUACUUUCAAUUGAAUACUCUAUUGUGACA